CGAAACAGUUAUUAGUUAUUGCAAAUUUACAACUGCACGAGUCACGGGCAACAAGUCGUUUUGCGUCUGUAGUGUUCUUUCUAGUCGAAACACUUGAAAUUUUAAGUUUAAAAUUUCAUCAUGCGUGUUAUUGCUUUGGACUGCGAGAUGGUGGCGUCGGGCAACCGAAGUUUGCUGGCCAAGGUGUCAGUAGUGGACGAAUAUUGCGAUGUUCUCCUAAACUGCUACGUUAAACCUACGGCCAUCGUCACAGACUACAGGACUGGCUUGCACGGGAUUGACAAGCAUGACCUGGAAACGGGGCGGCCCUUCGACAGCGUACGAGGAGAAGUUGCCAAUUUGUUGAGUGGUAAAAUCCUAGUGGGGCAUUCGUUACACUUCGAUCUUCAAGCUCUAAAUUUGUCUCAUCCGGAAAACGACACGCGAGAUUUCGCCAAAAAUCCCAGGUUUAUGAAGAACGGUCAGCCCCGGGCUCUGAAGGACCUCGCUCGUGAGUUUCUCCAGAAGAGUAUUCAGGUGAAUUUACACGAUUCUUUGGAAGAUGCUAGGACAUGCAUGCAGCUGUACAAGAGGGUCGCCAGCCAGUGGUAGAGACGUCCCAGAACAAACUUCCAUAAUAAAUAACUUCAUAUAGA